CUCGAAGAUGAUUGGCUAGUUAAAUUUUUUGACCUGCCUAUGUUAGAUUGAUUGCAAUGAACUAGUUAGGCUUAUUCGUAUGCAUAAGGCCUUCCCUAUCUAGUCUAUAUAGGUUCGUAUUGCCAUCAUAGCUAAUCUAAGCUCCCUUUGUUAUUGUUUUGACUGAUACAUUGGGACUAUUAAAUAAUCAUGAAUAAGACUAAAGAUAAGAAUAAACCUAAGGGUCCUAUGUCUGCUUAUGCCUGUUUUGUGCAAGUUAUUCGAGAAGAGCACAAAAAGAAGCAUCCUGGUGAACAAAUUGUAUUUAGUGAUUUUUCAAAAAAGUGCGCAGAACGAUGGAAGUUAAUGACGCCAAAAGAGAAGAAACGAUUUGAAGAUCUAGCUGUCUUGGAUAGAGAACGAUUCAAUCGUGAAAUGUGUGAUUACGUGCCACCAGAUGGCAUGAAAAAAGGGAAGAAACGCAAGGGUCCUAAAGACCCCACAGUACCUGCACGAGCCUGGUCUGCUUUCUUUUUCUUCUGUGAUGAAUUCCGUUCAAAAGUCAGAGAAAGCAAUCCGGAUUGGAAAGUUGCAGAUAUUGCUAAAGAACUUGGACGUCAAUGGGAAACAUGUCAAGAUAAAGCAAAGUAUGAACUAUUAGCUCAAAAAGAUAAACAGCGUUAUGAAGAGGACAUGAUAAAAUAUCGGGCGGGGACUUAUGUUCCUAGAGAGAAGAAACUUGCAGGUGCUGUGUCAAACUCUGCAUCUAUCAGGACUUCUGAAGCUCAGAAUCCAGAUUGUGCUACAGUUACCAGUGCUGGAGGUGAUGAAAACGGUGCGGAGUUAGAAGAUGAAGAUGACGGCGAACCUGAUGAGGGUGAGGAAGAGUGAAGAUCAGAACAUUAAGCUUUUGAUAACUCAGUUGUACAGGUUUAUUGCAUUUAUAAUGUUCUAAUCCCCUUCCAAUUCUUACCUAAACUUUGUAUACAUUGGUUUUAUUGUUAUUUUUGUAUCAUUCAUAAAUUGAAUGUACAUCAUUCAUACUUUGACUUUCGUUUAUUGUGUGAUGUAAGAUUCUGAUAAACAUAUAUAUUAUUGUUCAUUAUUGAGUGUUACUGUAUUGUAAUUUAUAAUAGUACAGUUAUAUUCACGA